UGUUAUUGGAACUCUUUUAAACUAGAAACCACUUUCGGUAUAACAAAAUACAAAACAUGGAAGUGUCGGCAAACCUUAUCCAAGGACUCUCUGCCGCUGGCAAUACUCAUGCCGUUCCUGACGACUGCUUUCAUCCAUUAGUAGAAUCAGCAUGUCAAGGAAUUCUUACCGAAUCACAUAAUAUUGGUGGUAGACUGAAAAAACUUGAUGAAGAUGUAUGCAAAGAGGUCUAUGGCUGUAUGUCUUUAUUAAUUGCUGAAGCGACCAAGACUGAUGCUGAUGUAAAUUCAUUAACGUCCUUAUUGGAAGAAUGUAAUUUUUCUAAAGACAGAAUAAAAACAUUUCUUGAAGUAUUUCAUGAAAAUAAGCCAUUCCUUCAGGUCUUGUUAGCCAACACCACUGAAAGUCUUCCCCACAUUGUUGAUGUCAAAUGGCGACUAGAUUACUAUAUUAAGAGUAAUCAACUUGAAAGAAUUCAUCAACCAGUUUAUCUUUUGACUUUGCUCUCAGAGGUUCCUGGUGAAAAGAAACUAAAAGAAUUAAGUUUCUCUUGUACGGUUGAACAAUUACAGUCAUUAGUGAAUAAACUACGAGAUGCUACACGUUCUUUACAACGAAUUGCUCAAGUCUGAAUCUUACAAUGGAAUGUACAUGAUGAUUAUUCUAAAUAUUAUUUAAAUAUGAAAUUCCACAGAAACAUUUGCAGAGUUAAAACGACAGCACUUGGUUAAAUUCUCUAACGACAACAGAUUGCCAAUGUUUCUCAUUGUAAUGAAACAAAAGCUGUACUUUCAAAAUUCUUUACCAAAAGGUAAAUCAACCAUACUAACAUAUUUGAUGGUAUAAAAGACACACAAGCUUAUGACACACCCCAAUUCCAGCAGCGCAUAUUCUAAAAAAUUGAGUGUCAGAAUUACGAAAUUAACUUAUGGAAGGCCCAACUUUACAUAUAGAACCUUAUAAGACCAUUUUUGGAGGGGGAAAAAGUUUCAUAUGCCAUCAAAUUUGGUACUUACCAUUUUUGACCAAAAAAACUUAAAUUUGUUUAAAUGAUUGAGAUCAAAGAAAGCCUUUUUUUUUUUAAUCAGUACCAAGAUGCAACUUACUGUAAUUAUCUGUAAAAGCAGUGCAAGCUGAAACAUGUCAGCCUUUCUGAAGACUUGGCAGGAAAAGGCGUCAUCUUAUACCAAAAGAUAUUGAAAAAAAAAAAGCAUUUUCUUCAUAAAAAUAUCUUUAUCUGAUUGUUA